AUGCCCUCAGGGGAAGCGAAAAGGAAUGUCGUGAGCAAGGUUGUGAGCAAUACGAGCAAUGGGAUUUUGAAAUUUGAUGGGAUGAUUCAAACUCACGCCGCCUUCGUUCCCUUUGGUAUCUCGUUCAUCCAACAUCAACUCUUCGCCGCAGACCUCUCACAUGCAUCGAUGAUCUCAUCGGUUUGGCCCAUCUAUUCCGCUAAUCGGUCAUUCUCACCUGCCAAAGUUCGCUCAGUAUUCAAAUAUUCAGAGCUUCUCGGUUACCUCGAUUCCGACGCUCUGCGUGUCGUGACAGACAUGGAUACCACCCAAUGGCCUUACUCUCUGCCUGCUCCUCGGCGCUUCCCGCGCGGACACCGACUUCUAUGGAGUGAGGGACGUGGCUAUUGCGUCACUAUUAGGAGGAAGACCACCAUCACCCUGUCCACCCUCUCCACUCUUAAACGCGUUCUUUCCAAACAGUUCGAUUCAGACUCUUUUUCUGACAACGGCUCAGACGACGACGGCGACCGAGGGAAAUGGCAGCAACGUUCCCCAUCACCCGCCGCCUCAAGCGUCUACCACCUCGCAGCUAGUUUCGUCCAAAGAAUGGACACGUUCGUAGGGGGCGUGGCACCGCGAUCACCUGUGCCAAAUGACGCAGAGCUAGGAGCUGACGCAGAGAGGAAACGCGACUGUAGUCGUAGAGUGGCAGAAUGUAUACUCACGCUGCGGGAGGCUCAGCAGAGGAAACUCGUUGAAGACCGCGUGCUGUCUAUGCUGGAGAGCUCAAAGUCGCUCCUUCCACCGCCCUCCAGGUUUACGCCUACGAAAGACCCUCCAACGCCUGCUCAGAAAACCAUAUUGGACACAAAGACGAGGGAUAAGGAUAACAAGAAGAACGCCAAAGGCAAGGGGACAAACACUCGUCAACCUCAACAUCCCAACAACACCCGUUCGACGCGUCCCCGUACCUCCUCCUUCCUCCCCGUCCUCGCCUACCCCGUCCUCGCCUACCCCUUCUCGUCCGAGUCUCUCGAAUACGCCACCCAACUUGACACCUUCUCCCAUGCAUACAACCGAAACCCUGCCUUCUUUCCCUUCUCGCGAGGCUCCACCUUUUUGACAAAGAAGCGGAGAAUAAAGGAAAAGGACAAGGACAAGGAGGACAAGGAAUCCAAAUCCGGGUCUCUAAGACACGCCGGUUCAACGGACAACUUCCGCUAUGAGGCCUCUGUCUACGGCCAUUUCGGGGCCAUCCCUCCAUUCAUCCUCAGUACACUACCGGGUGCUUCGUAUUCUACGACCUCACUUUCCUCACUGGCUUCGGUUACGGGUAGGCUGCCGUCCCCGCCUGUUCAACCCAAGUUUGUCCCUGCUUCUGCUUCUGCCAGUCAAACGGCCAGCCCAACGCCCGCACCAGCGAAAGGACGAGGAGCACAACAAGGUUUGCCACCCCCGAAAUCAGCUGCUGGGAAAAGGCAAAUGAGUGUAAGCCCCACGCCAAGCAAACGGUACACCGUUGCGCUUGGAGGACCGAUAACUGCGCCGCCGGAUGAAGAUGGAUUUUCUUCGAACGCUGCUUCUUUGUUCUAUGCCACCGCCGCUAAUACCGCCGCCAAUACCAAUGCAAAUAUCAAUAACCAUACAAAUCCACUUGCUACUGCUCCUUUAUUGAAAAGGGUAGGCACGCCACGGUCCUACUCCCGUGUCAUCGGGGGGGACGAUGACAAGAAGGAGGAGGAAGGAGCGGGAGAGUUCGGAGAAGGUGAAGAGACCAUCGGCAAGUCGUCUGGUAUCAAGCUCAGGAACGCGAAUGGGAGUCUGUCUUCCACCACGUCAAACUCAAUGUCGCCUGGUGGACCUGGGGGUGGUGAUUACAAGCCCACAGCCACCACGUCACCAUCGCCGUCCACUCGUCGGAUCAGUAUGGGUGUACUUCUCAUCUUAAUGACUACGUAUAUUUUAGAAUUUUAAAUUGAAAUUUGACUUGGUGGUGUUUU